AAUUGAUAAUGAAAGCGACACCGGCGCGGCCAGCCCUGCAGUUUAUCAGUAGCUAAGCGAAGGCAACGUACGUACGCUAACGUAAGUCGAGACUUUAAAUCGCCCACGUUGCUGCGGCAAAGCCCUGGUUCAAUGAGUAGCAAAGCAUCAUCAUGGGAGAUAAGCAGAAGCUGGUAGCACGAUGGAGGGCAUCCUUGACACGAGGGACUGGUCACGAUUCCUGGGGCCAGUUAGUUGAGGCCGUAGAUGAAUAUCAAAUGUUAUCAAAGCAGGUCCUGAGAGAAGCAUCACAUGAAGCAACUCUAUUCAAUGACAACCAAAAGAGAACGUUGUCAAAGAUAGCUGCGUGUUUAGACCUUCGAGGGAAAGCACUCCAGUCUCCCGACAGCACCCAGGGAUUUACAUUAGAAGAACUCAAGAAAGUAGACUCAGCUUUUGGUAGCCUCCUGACAAGCUCACAAUCGGAGUUUCCAGUUGCUAUGCCAGCAGAGGCCGCCCUCUUCAGGCCGCAAGUUAAGCAGGGCAACUUUGAGCUGGAUCUGGAAGGAGAUGAAAUAGACGAUGAGGACGAUGAUGAGGCAGGGACUAACAAGGGCUCAGUGACUGCAUCACCUGGAAUCAAACCACUAGGCAAAUUGUUCCCGAUGAUGCCCCACCAGAAAGGAACCACGAACCUUGUGGUUCGUAUAGAGAAGAUUGGUCUGAAGGACGCCUCAAUGUAUCUUGACCCAUACAUCGUCAUUUCGCUAAAAGAUAAUAAAGGUAUAGAUGUUGCCAAACCGCAAGAGACGCCGGUGGCUUUGAGAAGGGAGGAUCCAUACAUCAUCUAUGGAGUGGACGUACACUUGCAGAAACCUCUAGAAAAACUACCAAAAGGAGCUGCCAUUUUCUUUGAGUUCAGACAUUACAAAUUGAAGAAGCGUACCAUCAGCACCAAAUGCUUUGCCUUUAUGGAGAUGGAUGAGAUCAAGCCAGGACCACUGGUCAUUGAACUAUACCAGAAACCUACCGACUUCAGGAGGAAAAAACUGUCCUUACUCACCACCAAGCCACUCUACCUUCAUCUCUAUCUUAAUCUCAUAGCAGAUUAGCACAGAGAUUUAUGGAGCUUAUCCAGUAAUUCUAAGAUUAUCCCAAAGCUUUGGAUUGAAGGUCUUGACACACAUCGGAAUGAUUGUACACCGAAAUGCUGCAUUUGCAAAUUGAACUUAAUCUUGCAGGAAACAAUGGGAUUCAUAACGGGAUCUGGUCGCGUAUUAUUAUUAAAGGAUUUAUGUAAUCCAUGAGGUUUCCAGAAGGCUUGAAUCAAGCCAGAUUGUAGACUAAUGUGAUCAUAAUCCCAAGUUAAUCCCUUUGUGAAACUUUACCUAUCCAGAAUAAAAAAAUUUAAAAUAUAAAAAAAACCGCAUGUAUACUCUUUUGUCUAGAUCAUUCCUUAAAGGUAGAGCCCAUCAUUUGCGGCAAUCCAAAAAAAGUAACUGACAAAAUUAUUGUUGAAAAGCAAACUUGGUUUAAAGAUAGUAAUGGCACUAAACUCCCUUUGAAAUGACUCUUUCUGGCAUGCUGUCAUUUUGAAGAAAACAGUAAAAGAAGAUCAUUUCCAUAGAUGCGUCUGAGGACAAAUUUUUGGAAAUUUUCAUUAGUAGUUCUUGUUUAUUCGGCAAAGCUGUGAAUGGGUGCACGCAAGCAUUGACUCGAUGCACACGAGUCAGUGCGUGACAUUGCGUAGCUGCAAUCGACUGAGAACGUGUCCCGGACGCUGAUUUCGGUCGCAAUUCAAAACAUGAAUCAGCAACUUUUGAAUUGAAAUUGAGAUCCUAGAAUAUUAUUUUCU